AUGUUUAUACAAAAAAUAUUAUAUAACUUUAACUUUAAUUAUAAAAAUAUUAAUAGUAAAUCAUUACAUAGUAAAUUAUAUAUUUAUAAUUCUUAUAAAAAAUAUACUACGGGGUAUAUUUUAAAAAAUAAAAAUGUAAAAUAUUUACAUAGUACAGUUGAUGAAAAAGAAAUUAAUCACUUUAAUAAAUUUUCUAGUGAAUGGUGGAAUCCAAAUGGUAUAUAUAAAGGUUUACAUUGGUUAAAUAAUUCUAGAGUAGAAUUUAUUAAAGAAGUUGUUACAGAUAAAUAUAAUUCUCUAAGAGGUCCACUUUAUAAUUUGAGGAUAAUGGAUAUUGGUUGUGGUGGUGGAUUAUUAUCUGAAAAAUUAGCUAAAUUAGGUGGUGAUAUAUUAGGUAUAGAUUUAUCAUACCCUGCAAUUAAAAUAGCACUUAAACAUGGACAAGAUUAUUAUAAUAAUAACCUAAAUAUUACUGAAUUACAAAAUAUCAAUAAUCUAAAAGAAUAUUUGAAAAGUGCAAUCAUACCAAAUAGAAUUUCUUAUUAUGUUGGUGAUAUAGAAGAAAUUUCAUCAAUUGCCCCUAAUUCAUUUGAUAUUGUUAUUGCAUCUGAGAUUAUUGAACAUGUAAGAGAACCUAAACAAUUUGUCAAGUUUAUAGGUCAAGUACUUAGAAAUAAUGGAAUAGCUAUUUUUACAACUAUUAAUAGAACACUUUUAAGUUAUUUUCUUACUAUCACAAUAAUGGAAGAUAUUUUGCAAAUAAUUCCAAAGAAAACACAUACAUGGGAAAAAUAUAUAAAACCAAAUGAAUUAGAUAGGUAUGCUUUCUAUGCUGAUAUGAUAAAAAUAAAAUCUAGUGGAUAUAUAUUUAUUCCUGGAGUAAAUUGUUUUGUUGCAUCAAAAUAUAUGGAUUUUUGCAAUUAUUUUUGUGCUUAUAAAAAAACAAAAGAUCAAUAA